CCCGUGUAGUGUUUCAACCAACCGCUUCUUUUCGAAGUACAACCACCGCAUCAAAAUGGAUGACAAAAAUACACGCAGCAUAACUGUGAAACAAGACGAUCAGUCUGACUGGCUAAUAGUACUUGUGUUGAAACAUGGGUGGAUGUCUGAAGAUGACGCCCAGAAGGCGACGACGGAAGAACUGAAGAAAUGUGUGUUCAGUCGGGUCGAGAAACUCCAGGGUAACCAAAAUCGAAUAUACGAGUGGGAAAUGAGCGUGAAGAAUUCUACCGGCCUCCAGAAGUUCUUCGUCGAGACGUGUAUUGGCCAGCCGUUCAAUCAUGAGGACAGAAACGAGCACUUCUAUCCUGACGUAUAUCGUCUCUGUCGGCAUAUUCUGGACACGAUACAUGAUUUCAAGCGAAACGGUGAGCAGCCGGACCCAUCUUCAGUUUUUGCGUCAAUGCAAGACAGAGGGCAUCUCAACCAGGACAAUCAAGCUGCUGGUAUGCAUCCCAUCGCAGUUCUACUCAUUGAAGCCGAGUUGAAUCCGCAGUUCACAGACAUACUCAAACCGUCCAAAUUGUUCACAUUGUGUUACGACAUGAUGCAGUCGAAGAAGCCAGGAAGUAAUAUUGCUCAUCCCUCGCAGUUGCCUGACGAAUUCAUGCGUGCCGCGUAUGAUCGAUUGAUGGCAUGCGGGAACGCGACCUUUGCGAGGAAGGCAUCUGCUCACUUGUACGAGGUAUGUUCGAAAGCAGAGAACAGGAACAAAAUCCUCCCCCCAGAUGGUUAUCGUAGCGGGAGUGCCCCCGGGCCAGUGAGACCGCGUCGCCUCAUUGAUGGUAGUACCGGCACCGUUAUCGCGGAAGUCUUUCGGGACACCAACAAUCAACGUUUUGCACCCAAGAUGCGCUGCGUCGCCGUGACGCAAAUCGACGCUCGUCGCACGGUGGCGACGAUGGACGAGGAGGAAGCAGCCAUCAUGGCCAUGUUGGUCGCGGUUCUGAGUCUGCAGGUAGCCAACGCUGCCAAUCAGAGAGGGCACGUACCAGUACCGGUACCCCACGCAUCCACCAACAAAGUCGCCAAUCCGAACAUCGCAGCGAAGCCUCUCGCAGAGCACAAAACCAGAGGUCCUCACAGAACGGACCACCACCAUCAAUUUGCGUGUCUCGCGGGUCCCUGUGUCAUUCCUCUGCUGGUGACCGACGGGGCCGCAGCCGUCGUUCGUCGCCCGAACGGCUACCUUCUGGUGGUGGCCGUGGAGAAUCCGAGCCUCGCAGCGAAUCCUCUCGGAGGGCACAAAACCAAACCGGGUCUCUGUGUCAUUCUUCUGUUGGUGAACGACAGCGCCAAGGAAGCAGCCGUGGGCACUCCGGGGCUCGCACUCCGGGGUCAUUCAAACGUAAAUAUGAUCAUGAUCCCUUGCCCUGUAACUUAUUCGGCCGAAGUGCGAAGCGAGGCAGAGUCGCACAGGAGGAAGAAGAAGAAGGAGAGGUAA